AUGGCUCUGCCGGAUAACUACAACAACUCAAAGGAAAUGUUUGAGAAAUCUUCUCUGCGUCAUGAUCCGGACGACGAAACCGGCACGGCAACCCCGCCUGUCCAGCACGACGUCGACCGGGACGAGGUUUACUCCCACGAGGAGCAGAAGAGAAUCAUUCGUCGCGUUGACUUUCGGCUAGUUCUCAUACUUGCCUGUCUCUACGUCAUAUCCCUCGUCGACCGUGUCAACGUGUCGACCGCGGCCAUUGCCGGACUCAACAAAGACCUCCAGCUCCAAGUCGGCACUCGCUACUCGACCAUCAUUGUAACAUUUUUCGUGGCCUAUACCGUCUUCCAGCCGCUCGGCACAGUGCUCACCAGAAAGAUUGGCCCGAGAUGGUUCCUCAGCUCCAUCACGCUGGCCUGGGGCGCGGUCAUGAUUGGCAACGGCUUUGUUAACUCGUGGCAGAGCCUGGCAGGAUUGCGAGUCCUGGUCGGUGUCUUUGAAGCCGGCUACUUUCCGGGGGCCGUCUAUCUCCUGAGCACAUGGUACACCCGCUUCGACAUGCAAAAGCGCUACACCGUAUUUUACGGCGUCGGCUGCGUGGCCGGUGCUCUCGGCGGCAUCCUGGCUUUUGGCCUCUCGCAGAUGAACGGCCUGGCCGGCCUGCGAGGCUGGCGAUGGAUCUUCAUCAUUGAAGGCGUCAUAUCUUGCCUUGGUGCCAUCGCCUCCUGCUUCUUCCUCGUCGAGUUCCCCGAAGAAGCCCAUCGAUCGUGGAACUUUCUCAGCAAGCAAGAGUGCGACUUCAUCAUACGCCGUGUCAACCGCGAUCGGGGAGACGCCAUCACUGAGCCUUUUUCCCUGGUCGAGUUUCUCAAGCCCGCCGCCGACUUCAAAAUCUGGGUCUAUGCGUUCAUCUUCUUUUGCGUCACGACAGUGGGCUACUCGAUCAACUAUUUCCUCCCUAUGAUUCUGCUCGGCAUGGGCUUUAGCGUCGCCGCAUCGCAAUGCCUCAUUGUCCCCCCGUGGAUCUUUACAGGCCUUCUCAUGUACGGGCAAGCCUGGCUUGGCGACAAGUACCGUCUCCGCGGUCCCAUAAUCGCCUUCAACGCCGUUCUGGCCCUCAUUGGCCUUGCCCUCAUGGGCUUCCACCCGGCGUAUCCGGUCCGCUACUUUGGCGUCUUCCUCAUCGUCGGGGGCGCCAGCGGCAACACGCCGCCCGUCUUGACCUACCAAGCCAACAACAUCCGCGGACACUGGAAGCGCGCGUUUUGCAGCGCCUCGCUCAUUGGCAUGGGCGGCAUCGGAGGCAUCGCGGGGGCCCUCGUCUUUCGCAGCCAGGAUGCGCCCAAGUAUCUCCCCGGCAUCUACGCGUCCAUCGCCUGCAACAUUUGCAUCCUGGUCUGUGUGGCUGGCAUGUCGGUGUGGUUCUGGUACCAGAACAAGAGGGCGAAACAGGGGCUGGUGAUUCUAGAAGGUCUCAAGGACUUUACGUAUACGUUUUAA